CCCAGCAACUGGUUUUCAGAAGUAUUACUGUAUUACUGUGGGGCAAAGCACAACCAUUGUGGCUGGUAGAUACUGAUAGGCCCCUCUUCUCAAUGAAUUUGGUGUCCACCAGGAAUGAGUCACACAGUUUAACUCUGCGCUGCAGACAGAAGCCUCUGCCUUCUUGCAUGCAAGGUCGAUUCUUUAUCACCGUGUCUGGCUCCUCAAGGCCUUCAUCAAGAAACAUGCCUCCCGAGUUGUUGUUCUGGGCAGCGUCCCAGACAUCAGCAGGGCAAAGGAAGCCGCUCAGGCGCUCAGGCUUCGGCGGCAAAUCCAGACCUCGCCCCGGCCUCUGGCAUUCCAAGGCCUCUUCUAAAAGCGUCCCUUGGCAGUUGUUAUUCUGGGCACCCACCCAGCAGCUUCGCAGGGGCGAAGGAAUCCACACAGCCUUCAGCAGCAAGUCCAGGCAUGCCGCCGGAUCCAGCCCCUCGUUAGCCUGCCCCCUUCCUCUCUGUCUCUCGGCAGCGGGAACCUUGGUCCUGGCACCGACCCACAGCAGGCCUCGGCCCCCCUGCAGCGUGCGAUGGGUCAUCAAUGGCUGGCUUUAGCUCUGAUACUGGCUGCCGCAACUGCUCCCAACCGCACGGCAGGCAACGUGCCUGAGUCAGAGGUCCCGGACGCACCCUGCCCUCAGGAAGACGACCCGGAAGCACCGUCGGGAGAGCCGCACGUGGCGCCCAGGUUCAGCACAUGCAUGCUGCAGUGCGCUGCGCAAGCGAUGCUCGGGAUGGUUGGCGCCAAGAGCUCCGUCUCCUUGAAGCUCAACGAAGGCAGGGAAGGUAAGGGAGGUGGACGGCCACCCAAAGCGAAGCUGCCAUGCCUGCCUUGGAAUCCCAGCUGCGUAGCCAAUCGAGCAGCAGCAGGGAGGGCUCCACAGGCUCCACCCCAGGGUGGCUUCCCUGCUCUGCUUGCAGCUGCUGGGCGUCACAGGAGCUGCAAGGCCUCCGAGUGCUGUGGGGAGGGCGGUGGAAGAGGCAGGGGGGUCACUUUUGCAUCCCACCCCGAAAAAAUAUAUUGCGGGGAAAAGGAUGCUGAUUUCCAUAAUCUUUGUGUGCGUUAAUUUAUAUGUUGAAAUGCAAAGGUGUAAAUGAUUAUAGGAGACAACCAGGGCUUUUUCCCCAGCAGGAACUUGCCAGAACUCAGUUGGCGCCAUUGCCAUUCUAAGAGAACGAGGGAGGUGUUUGUGGUGAGUUCCAGCACCUCUUUUUCUAGAAAAAUAGCACUGGCGACAACCAUUUUAUGUGCGUUCAAUAUGUGCACGACCGCACACAUGUGCAUCGCCAAGAACCUGGAAGUGGCAUGCAAAAGGGAGGUGUGGCCACUGAAAGAGCAUGAAAACAGCGCCUAGCAAUCCCAUAAGCCUUUGCAAGUACAAUCCCAGAAGCCUUUGCACCGACCGUUGAGGCCUGUGGAGAGUUGGUGUUUGAGCAAGGAGCUUUUGAGGGUGUUUUCAGGCUUUCAAGGGUGUUCCCAACACACGCAAUUUCACUUAAUUGUGCGGUGCCUUGGUACGUAACCCCCUGUGUAAAUGGGGAGUUGCGUGUACAGUAAUUUAAAUACCAUACUGCUUUUUUUCGGCUGUGUAUACAUGGUUCCUCUUCCCCUGGGAACAGUAGUAGUUUGUUAAGGGUGCUAGGAAUUGUGUGAACUACAGUUCCCAGGAUUCUUUGGGGGAAUGUCAAAUGCUUUAAAUGUGCCUUAAAUGUAUGAUGUGUUCACAGCCAUAGAGAGGAAGAUGGAGAUCAGUCUGUGUACCUCCUCCAUCUGCUGUCCAGGUGCAAGUGCUGAUGGGGGGCAUAGGUAGGCUUUACCCUUCCCACUACAUGCAAUAUGGAGCUAAUAUGGGCCUACUUUACAGGGUUGUUGUAAGGAUAGCCAAGGUUGUGCAUGGGGACUGUUUUGAAAGCAAGAAGACACAGGAAGAUGCUUUACACUGAAUCAGACCAUUGGCCUGUCUUUCUCAGUACGGUCUACACAGACUGGCUGUAGUACCUCCAGGGUUUCAACCAGGGUUCUCUCUCAGCACUAUCCAGAGGUGACACAGAUUGAACCUGGGACCUUCUGCAUGCAAAGCAGAUGCUCUACCACUUUUGCUGCCUUCUGGUUUUGCAAAAAACAGAGCAACUGUUAAGUUGAAGGACCUGGAAGUCCAAACUAUAUAGCCAUUGAACUGUGCAGGGUUUGUGGGUUAUUUUAAAAAUAUAUGUUUGCAGCCCUGUCUUAAAGAGGCCUUGCUAUCUUGCUCCUCUGCCUGACAGCUACUGCCCUGAUGGACUCUGGCCCAGGAGGAGAGAAGUGUUGGCAAUCUGAUUUGAGGCAAUUUGCCUGUGAUUACCAGUUGAUGGGAAUCACAAGCAGGGAAAACAUUCUUGCACUCAAGCCCUGUUAGUGGGCUUCCCAAACGUACCUAUGAGAUUGGGGCCUAAUCCAGCAGGACUCUGAAUACCAGCUGCUGGGACUUGCUAGCAGCCAGAGCAUUGUUGCACCCAAGUCCUGCUUCCCACUGGGGCAUCCAGUUGGCCACUGUGAGAAAAGGAUGCUGAACUCGAUGAAACUUUGGUCUGAUCCAGGGUUGUGGGUUCAAGGCCCACAUUGGGCAAAAAAUUCCUGCAUUGCAAGGGGUUGGACUAGAUGACCCACGUGGUCCCUUCUAUGGUUCUGUGCAGUAGGGCUCUGCUUAGAUUGUUGCUGUUCAUUUAUUUGAUUUCAUAUCCACCCCUUCACCUGAAGACACCAGGGAAGGUUACCGCAACUUAAAAUUCAAUAUUCAAAACCGUUUAAAACAAAGUACAAUCACACGAAUUACAAUCACAGGCACAGGGCAGGUUAAAAGACCUGGGCAAAUGUUGUUCCCAGAAGCACCUCAUGGUCACUGACACACUCCUUCAGCUGGUAAAGGAUGCUGAGGCCUAUUUUUCUGGAGGGAUGCUAACAAUGGCCCCCCUUUGUUCUCUUUAACAGGUGAGGACUACGAAUUUUGCUGGAUGCUGCAUCUCCGCUGCCAGAAGGGAGAGAGACUCACCAAAGCCUUUGUCCUCCUGAACCUGGAGCAGCCCCCAGGGGGAGGCCAGCCACCUCCCUACAGGCUCCUCCUCACCACCCCUCCCUCCCUACGCCAGUACCUGCGAGCCCGCCAAGGGAACCGACGUGCACUGUUGAGCAGGGAAGCCUGUGGUGUCCGCUUCGAUGUGACGGAGCCCUUCCUCAGCGCCGAGGGAGGCCAGGAGGCCAAGAUGUGCGUCAAGGCUGUCUGUCCGGAAGACGAUGCCUGUGGGGCCUUGCGUUGCCCGCCUUUCUUGGCCACUUUGUGGCACAGUGUGCCCAGGCCGGAUGGCUAGGCAACAGGAACGUAGAUGGGCUCGCUCCACGGUGGAGUAUGAUGCCUAGCAACUGUUGGGACUUGAGGGUGUGAGGGAAAGGGCACACAGACUGAUAUACGCACAAACACACACUCCAGUUCUGCCAUUAGCACGUCGGAGGUAGUUUCCUGACAAACUUUACUUCAGUGUUCAUUUCUGCUUGGCAGUGUCAAAGUUACGUCAAACAACGGAAGUAGAUCUUAAUAUAUAUCUAUAUUCGUAUAUGCUAAAGGGAACGUCGAAGGAACCAAAGUAUCAACCAAGAGUCUCCAGCAUGGUACAUAUGGGUGCAAUGAUGCAUUUUCAUAUCUUCUCCGAGGCUCACAAAGCCUCUGAGCCCACGCUCAGUCUCUUUGCCCCCCUUGUCAAGAGGUCGGUUAUCUUUUUCUCCUUUGAAAUGUACAAAGAGCUGAAGGAGGAAGUUGGAAGAAUGAUGCUCUUUCCUGCUUCCUCUUUCAGCUCUACGUGCUUUCCAAAACUCAGAUGAAUACUACUGGAUCCAGCUUUCCCCCAGAUCCCUCAGCAAAGCAAAGACUGUCUCUGUGCACGAUCUGUCUUGGGUGGGAUAGAGAGAAGUGACCAGAGUGGGUGGUGUACACAUGGGUCUAAAACGACUGGUGACCAUUGGUAUAAGCCAACAAGUAGGGAUAUACAUCUAUAGUAUGCAAAGUGUCACUGCUCCCAAGUUGCAACUGCUGCAACUUAAGGGGCUCAGCUGGGUGCCAGAGUGGGGUAAAUGGCUCUAGCAGAGCUCCAGGUCCACAUGGUAUGCUUAAACUUGCUGACACAACUACCUUAAAUAUGCUUCACCCACACUGCCAUCUAGCAAGUGAUGUGCUGUGGGCACCAGAAGCAAGUGGGAAUGGAGGCUGCUGAACUAACAGCAGCUGUAGUCUGGAGGAAAGGCCAUAGCUCAUUGCUGGAACAUUUGCUUUGCAUGCAGAAGGUCCCAGAUUCAAUUCCUGGUAUCUCCAGGUAGGGCUGGGAAUACCCUCCACCUAAACCCCUGGAGAGCCACUGUCAGUCAGUGUAUGCAAUACUGAGCUAGAGGGACCAAUGACCUAACUCAGUAUAAGGCUUCUUCCUACAGUAAGACAAUGUGAAGCAGGUUUCUCUCUCCUGUGGCACUGCCUGGAUGUCUGUCCCGCACACUAAAUGCUUAUAGAUGUAAAGUUAAGAUGUAUCUUUUUCUUCAAGCUAUGGGGAUGACUGAUGUUUUCUGCUGUUGGAAUUUCUGUUUUAUAAUGUUCUUGGUUUUGUGAUUUUUAUAUAUUGAUGUAUUUUAAUGGACUGUAGUUUACUGUCCUGGGAAUUUUUGAAUCGAAAGGUGAGUUACAAAUCUAAUAAAACAUCAUCAUCAUAAAAAAUGA